AUGAAGGAGCCGCCUUCCGAUCCGCCAGACUGGCUUCCAGAGGUGCACCGACAGACGGAUCGGAAAACCUUCUGGGGGCUCGUCGCUACAAAAGCACCGGUCGAGCCGGCUCCCAACCCCCUAACGCUGGAGAAGAUCUUUGAUGAACCGGACGCCUCCCAGAAGGAGGAGUUUGCGCAAGAUGUGCUGUGCAUGGCAAUGGUCGGGAAGAACACUCUGCGGCUGGCGGCAGCAGUGGCAGAAUCUGCGCGAGACCCAAGCCAGACGCGGGAGAGCUUGAACCGCAAAGUGGAGGAGUACUUAGACCGUCGCGAUCCACAGCGCAUGGCAGACCUGCUCAUCAAGACCGGGCUGAUCGAUCUGGGCACCAGGAAGAAGAUCGGAACCACCGGGGAGGUUUGUCAGAUGUUCUAUGCACUUACGGGAGCCCACAAACUGGAGAAUGACGUCUUCUCGGUCCUGCGGCUGUGGGAGUGGUUCAUCGCCCUAUCCAACGAGGACCUGGGCAGCGCUGACAAGUAUAAAGGACUGGAGGAGACCGCCCGUGAUUACGUCGCUGCCUGCCCACGAUAUCCGGGCCGCACUCCAAGCUACAUCGAGUUCGGAGAGAUGGACCCGCCAACCAUAGCCUUCCCGCCACAAGUCAUUCGAGCUCUGCAGAAUGACAAUUUAUGGAAAUGCUUCUAG